AAAGCGUCUACGCGUUCACAACCAACCAACCAUCGUUGGCCCCAGUUUAGUCCCCCAGUAGACAGACCAAGACCCCCAGACCCAGUCCAGUUGAAUUCAAGCAGCCAAGUCAAGAUUAACCAAAAAAGAAAAAAUUAUAUAUCGAGCUGAACUGAAAAACAAAAAUUUAUAUAAUUAUUUUUUUUUUGCGACUUGUGAAAUUUCUGUCGUCUGACGAAAGAGCGCGACACACAGUGCGUGAAACAGUUUUCGCUCUAUAAAUCAAAACAACAACAAUAAACAACAAAAAAUAUGUUGGAAACGGAGGUUUUGCAACAACCGAAAUUCAAUGGUCCUGCCACAACCGUUGAGAGCGACUAUGAUUAUCCACCAUAUGUGUGCGGUCUGAGUUCGGCCAUGAAACAGGUGGCCAAGGAGGAAUUGCAUGAGGAUGAGAAUAUAAGACGUCAGGCAUUGGCACAAUUUCGCGAAUGGAUUGCCAAGCAUCCGCAUAUUAAGAAAUGCCGUACCGAUGCCGUCUUCCUGUUGCGUUUUCUGCGUACGAAAAAGUUUUCAGUACCAUCGGCCUGCGAGAUGCUUGAACGUUAUUUGACCAUCAGGCAAUUGUUUCCACAGUGGUUCCAGCAGCUGGAUAUCAAUGAUCCGGCCAUAAAUGAGAUAUUUGAAAACGGUUACCUGGUGCCGUUGCCUCAACGUGAUUCAAGCGGUCGGCAGGUUAUAUUUUCAAGGGCUGCUAAAUUUGAUCCCUACAAGUUCACCUCGGUGCAAAUGGCCCGCGUUCAUAGUUUGAUUUGUGAGGCUCUCCUGGAUGAUGAGGACUCUCAGGUGGCUGGUUAUGUUUAUAUCAAUGAUGAGAGCGGAAUGAAUAUGGGAUUCGUUAGUCUCUGGUCUCUAACCGAUUUGCGCAGCAUUGUCAAAUGUAUUCAAAACUCCACACCAAUGCGUCAUAAGGAGACACAUUUCGUAAAUAUUCCCCACUACGCCAACAGAAUCAUUGAACUGGGUGUCUCCAUGCUAAGUGACAAGUUAAAGAAACGCAUUAUUGUCCACAAAAAUGUCGAUAUACUAAAGUCGAAAAUCGAUGCUGAAAUUCUGCCCAAGGAAUAUGGCGGCACCAUGCCCAUGGCCGAUAUGAUUAGGGAAUUCAAACAGAAGCUAGUGCAAAGGCGUGCAGCUAUUUUGGCAUUGGACGACAUGCAAAUCGAAGUCACAAAGGAGGCGGCCAAUUUUGCUGGCAAUGAUAUUGGCGACAUUGAUGCCGGUGUUGUGGGUAGCUUUAGGAAACUGGAGGUGGAUUAAUGCAUUACUUUUUACCCAUCAACCACCUCUUUUAUAUAUAUAUAUAUGUAUAUGUAUGUAGGCUUAAGGCUAGGCUAGUAGUUGAGAGAUCAUAAUCAUAAUGGAUGAUCAAUACCAUUGAAAAGCGCUCGCGGGCAUGCACAAAUUUUUUUGUACUCGUACCUAUUUAAAAAACAAAACAAAACAAAAAAUAAAACCCUCCUGUUCUGAAAAGAUUCUAGUGAGGUAUCUUUUACAUAUAUCCACAAACAGACACCAGACCACCAGAUACCAGAUACCAGAUACCAGACACCAGUAACCAGCACAGUAAUGCCGCCCACUUUUGGCACCACACAGAUUAAGGUAAAAGGAACAAAACAAAAAACCGGAUACAACUGAACUGUACUGUACUGAACUGAAACUGAACUUGAGCUUGUUGGUUAGUGUAGAGUUUAUGCAGUUAGUUAGUAGCUCUCUCUAUAUCUCUCUCUCACUCUCUAUCUCUAGUUAUACUACUAUCUAUAUAUAUUUUCAUCUUUUGCGUUAUGUACUGUUAUGUGUAU